GAAAAAAAUAACUCGACGUUCCUUUCCUGCUUGUUUGGACUCAACAGAAGGCUCGCUGUCGACCUAAUUUCGUUUAGGUAACAGAUCAGUUCAGUGAUUUAAUUAGACGGGUCCAAAGCCAACCAGGACUGAUCUGCGAACCGUGGCGUCACUUCCAAUUCGAGUGUUAAACAGAUUUCCGUUCUAAACACACAUAAUGAACUCUGCGUUCGGCGAGUCUUAAAGGCAACAGUGAGCAUUACUCUUAUUAAAUAGGACAAUCGAGAUCACACAGGCCUACUUCAGAACAUUACAGUAGGAAGAUAGCGCACUCUUCACUGAACUUGCGCGAUUAAAACUAGAAACUAAAUGCAGAUUGUAAGUAAAGAGAUGAGAGGAGAUGCAGGCCUAAACCUCAAUGCAAAAGUCUGAAACGCUCUUUCUUUAUUUCUCUUUCUCUCAUUCGGAGAGCCUUUCACGCAGGGUUUGACAUAUUCUAGCUGUUAUCAGAUUGAUGGGCUAGUUUGAUUGAAGUGGCUUUGUCAUGCAAAUGUCAAGCGCGUGAUGGAUGGUCGCCGUGCGCUGACAAACUUCUGGAGGUCCCCUCACCAUUGGCGCCGUGACGUCUCACGUGACUAGCAGCUGAGGUAAAGAUGCGUUAUAGGGAAGCACGAGCAAAUACUCAAGAGGUAAGGAUUUCACCCCUUCCGCAUGACAUACUGUUACGAGCUUGCAGGACAGGAGGCUCCCCCGAUCUCUCAGGUUGACCCUCCGCCAUUAACAGCGCAUGGACAAUUCCAGAAUGAACUCUUUCUUAGAGUACACAAUUUGUAACCGUGGGACGAACGCCUACUCGCCCAAGGCUGGAUACCACCACACCGACCAGACGUUCUCGGGCCCCUUCCUCACCGGACACGCAAAUGACAGCUAUAACUCUGAUGGACGACUUUACGUAGGGGGGAGCAACCAGCCAGCAACAGCACAACAUCAGCACCAGAGCGGCGUUUACGCGCAUCACCAGCACCAAACUCAUCAGGGUGGCAUUGGCCUCACCUACGGUGGCACGGGGACUAGUUAUGGGACCCAGGCCUGCACCAACCCGGACUAUGCUCAACAUCAGUAUUUCAUAAACCCAGAGCAGGAUGGGAUGUAUUAUCACUCAUCGGGGUUUUCUACCUCAAAUGUCGGUCCUCACUAUGGCUCCAUGGCUAGUGCCUAUUGCGGAGCGCAGGGAGCCGUUCCAGCCGCACCGUUUCAGCAUCAUGGGUGCGAAGGCCAGGACCACCAGCGAGGCUACUCACAGGGCACUUAUGCCGACUUAUCGGCCUCCCAAGAGAGGGAGACUGACACGGAUCAGUCGCCACCUGGGAAGACAUUCGAUUGGAUGAAAGUAAAAAGGAACCCCCCAAAAACAGCUAAAGUUGCAGAAUACGGACUGGGACCGCAAAACACAAUUCGGACGAAUUUCACAACAAAACAACUCACAGAGCUCGAGAAAGAGUUUCACUUCAGCAAGUAUCUCACGCGAGCGAGGCGAGUUGAAAUCGCUGCCACGCUCGAGCUAAACGAGACACAGGUUAAGAUAUGGUUUCAGAACCGUCGAAUGAAGCAGAAGAAGCGAGAGAAGGAGGGACUCGCGCCUGCUUCAUCCACCCUGUCUAAAGACCUGGAUGAUCACUCUGAUCACUCAACUUCAACAUCUCCUGGAGCUUCUCCAAGUCCGGAUUCCUAACAGAGGAGAAUAACUUUGGGUGCAUUGAACAGCAGAUUCGAAAUAUAUCGUAAAAUCUAUUAAUUUAAGCAUUCCAAAAUGUGCCAGAAAGACUUUCUCGUGUUCUUUUAUUAUAGAACAAUUGUUUUUAAGGAAACAGAAAAAAAGUGAAAAGUAAAGAGACUUUUAGCACAACAAUGGACAUACACCGUUUGCUAGAACAAAAUUUCCAAAACUCAUUGGAAAUGUUUGUGUGUGUUAUACAGGGUAUUUCUACAAUAAUGAUGAAUGCACUUUCAUGAUGUUUACAAGUCUCCGAACGAACCUAACUGACUUUACAGGGAGCUUACUGUGUUGUCAAAAUAUGUAUUGGUGUUUUUGUUGCGUUUAUGAUGAUUUAUUUGAUGUACACAUGUAUACACGAGUUUUGUGGAUUGUAGCUUAUAAGGGUUUUCGGACUCCUUGCACUAUGCGUUUACAGGGUAGGCCCUUACUGAACACCAGCACAAUUGACCGGAAGACGUGAACGAUUCCCUCUCAAUGUACACAGUGAUAUUCCAUUACUAGUUAAUUUACAGCGAGAAAUAAUUAAUACUGUGUUGCCAGUCGGGCUUAAUUUGGAUAUAGAACAUGUGGCAUGCGCCUUGGGAAUGAUCCGUUCCGUUUACAGAACAAAAGGACAAUGCAGGGUGUUACUUUUCUUAAUUAAAACAUUUACAGAAUUAGAUUUUUUUAGCCUAGUAUUUUAUGCAUAGACGAACUGAGUUUUAUCAGUUACUGUCUGUAUGAUUCCGUAAUCUAAAUGUCUCAAUCAACUGUUUCUGUCAGUUCUUUAUCUACCUCAAAUAAAAACAUUAUUUUACUGAACCAGUCUCUAGAUUACAUAUAAGC